UAUCUUUAGUUUUGUUAGUGCAGUGCUAACAGUUAGACGCAUAAACAAUGUUGAAACAAAUAAAGGAUAUUUUUUUGUUGCUUCUAAUAUUUCUAAUUCCAAAUGGCACAGAAUCGAAAAUAUCUUGCAAGGAUGAAAAGGGUCAAGAUGUAGACUGGUUUUAUUUAUACAAAUUACCCAUGCACUAUGCUGCCAAGAAUUCCACCAAGCCUCGAGAUAGUGCAGGACUAAAUUAUUUAUAUAUGACCAGUAAAUCUUAUGACAAUUGGAGUUUAUCGCCGAAGCAAAUUAAUGAAUCUUCUUCAAUGGCGGGCUUAACUUUGGAACCUUUAUUUGCCAAUGAUUCCAUAUUAUUGCUGGCCUACAAUGAUGAAUUUCCAAAUGGUACAGUUAUAUUUUCAGGUGGCCAUGCCAAGGGCGUUGUGGCCAGUGACGGAGUAACAGGGUUAUGGCUGAUACACUCAGUACCGAAAUUUCCAAACACCACAAAAUAUGAAUACCCCUCAACGGGUUGUCAUUAUGGACAGAGCUUUUUAUGCGUGACCUUGCCAGCCAGUGAAAUGGAAAAGGUGGCCGAACAAUUACUUUUCAAUGAACCCAAUAUUUACCACCACAAAAUAACCAAGGAAUUAAUGGAGCAAUUUCCCACCUUCGAAAAAGUACUGCAAAAGGAUUGGAUAAAAACGGAACCUUUUAACAAUGUUCUCAAUCUUAUUACCCUUGAGGGUAAAACUUUUAAAUCCUUUGCCAAAUCCAGUCAAUUCAAUCAAGAGCUGUAUGAAGACUUUGUGGCACCCACUUUGGAUACCAAUCUUUUGGUGGAAACAUGGCGUAAUGGUGGCGGAAAUUUACAAUCUAAUUGUACGCGCAACGAUAAGGUUUAUAAUAUUCAGAAAAUUGAAGAAGAAAAUUUCGGCUUGGAUUUCAAAACCACUCAGGAUCACUCGAAGUGGGCGGUGUCACAGAGUGUGGGUUUGAAAUUUUGGCGUUGGCGUUUUCGCAGCACAUCGAAUUGGAUUUGUGUGGGCGAUAUUAAUCGCCAGCAACAUCAAUUGGUGCGCGGUGGCGGGGUACUGUGUCAACAGAAUUCGAAAAUAAGCAAGCUGUAUCGUGGCCUUGUCAAGGAGUAUGAAUCGUGUUCGAAGAAGGAUUAAUAAUAAUAAAAGAAUAAUGAAAAU